AGAAGCACCUCCGACUCUGAAGAGGAGGAAGAACCGCUUCUCGGUGAUGACAAAAUCAUCCUCCACAGCUACAAGAUCCAGUCCACCAUCACGUCCCGCAUGGCCAACACGAUGGUCCAGACCAUAGUGGAAAACAGAGCCAAGCGCCCGCAGAAUCUGGCCUUCGAUGUCCAGGUCCCCAAAGAGGCCUUUAUCCACAAUUUCACUAUGAACUUCAACGGUAUCACAUUUACGAGCUCAAUCAAGGAGAAAUCGGCUGCUCGAACGCAGUAUGCCGAGGCGAGGGCCAGGGGCAAAGCUGCUGCCAUCCUCAGGAGCAACGCCCUUGACAUGGAGAACUUCAAAGCGGAACUCAACGUCCCAAGUGGAACCAAAGUCCAGUUUGAAAUUCACUAUCAAGAAUCUAUCCGGAGGAAACUGUCAACUUAUGAACAUAUCAUCCCUCUGCAUCCAGGGAGGCUGGCCAAAAAUUUGGAGGUGAAUGUCCACAUCGUCGAACCACAGGGGAUCAGUUUUGUCCACGUUCCUAACACCCUUAGUGAGCAGUUUAACGAUGCAGCUACAGUCAACAAAGAAAAGAAAAAGGCACAUGUAUCCUUCAAACCGAGCCUGGCCCAGCAGCGGGAGUGCUCCAAUUGUACCACCACAGCUGUGGAGGGCAAUCUUGUGGUGACCUACGAUGUCAACAGAGAGACGAAAGCUGGAGAGCUGGAGAUCUUCAAUGGGUAUUUUGUCCACUACUUUGCUCCGGAUGAUUUGGACCCUCUGCCGAAAAACAUCCUGUUUGUCAUUGAUGUCAGCGGCUCCAUGUGGGGAAUAAAAAUGAAACAGACCGUUGAAGCUAUGAAGACCAUCCUGGGUGAUCUCCGAUCCGAUGACCAGUUUUCUAUCCUGGAUUUCAACCACAACGUCCGGUGCUGGAGGGACAGUUUGGUGCAAGCCUCCAAAAUCCAGACCGAAGCAGCCAAGAAGUACGUUGAAGGAAUCCACCCCAAUGGAGGGACCAACAUCAAUGAUGCCCUUCUCCGGGCCAUGUUUAUUUUAAACGAAGCCAACUCUUUGGGGAUGCUGGAUCCAAGUUCUGUCUCCAUGAUAAUAUUGGUUUCGGAUGGAGACCCAACUGUUG